AUGGUCUCAUUCUUGUUGGUGCUCUUCCUUGAAAUCCUUGUUCAAGCUCGGACAGCAAGAACAGAGACAACAACCGAGUUCAUUUUCCAAGGUUUUAAAGGCAACCAAUCAGAAAUACAGAUAGGUGGAGAUUCAACCAUCAAACCAAACGGACUAUUGAGGCUCACCGAUCGAGACUCCAAUGUUGCAGGUACAGCUUUCUACCACAAACCGGUGAGACUUCUCGACAGUAAUUCCACGGUUCGUUCCUUUAGCACUUGUUUCGUCUUCGUCAUAAUACCUUCAAGCUCAAACAAUGGCGGUUUCGGCUUCACAUUCACACUAUCUCCAACCCCAAACCGCACGGACGCGGAUUCCGCACAGUAUUUGGGCCUUCUCAACGAAAGAAACGACGGGAAUCCGAGCAACCACGUCUUCGCCGUCGAAUUCGACACGGUGCAAGGAUUCAAAGACGGCACAAACCGAAUAGGCAACCACAUCGGUCUAAAUUUCAACAGUCUCUCUUCAGAUGUCCAGGAGCCGGUGGCUUAUUACAACAACGACGGCAAGAAAGAAGAAUUUCAACUGGUGAGCGGCGAGCCAAUCCAAGUCUUCGUUGACUACGACGGACCAACCAAAACGCUCAACCUCACUGUCUACCCAACCAGAUUGGGAUCUAAACCAAUAAUCCCAUUGAUCUCUCGACAUGUUCCAAAACUGUCGGAUAUUGUGCAAGACGAAAUGUUCGUGGGAUUCACCGCAGCCACGGGGAGAGAUCAAUCGAGUGCUCAUUACGUGAUGGGUUGGAGUUUCUCAAGCGGCGGAGAACAUCCACUUGCAGCUGUCCUCGACCUCUCCGAGCUUCCUCCUCCGCCUCCGAAUACGGCGAAGAAGAGAUCGGGUUACAACGGUAAGGUCAUCGCUCUGAUCGUCGCCUUAUCGGCUGUUAUAUCGAUUAUGUUGGCAUUGUUGUUAACCUUCAUGGUCUACAAACGGCGAUUGCAACAAGAGGAGAUUCUCGAGGAUUGGGAAAUCGAUCAUCCCCACAGAUUUCGAUACAAGGAUCUCCACGCGGCUACUGAUGGAUUCAAGGAAGAUAGGAUUAUCGGAACCGGAGGAUUCGGAACCGUUUUCAGAGGAAGCAUCUCAACGUCUUCUUCUGAUCAAAUCGCAGUGAAGAAGAUCACUCCAAAUAGCAUGCAAGGUGUUCGAGAAUUUGUCGCAGAGAUUGAGAGUUUGGGAAGGUUAAGGCAUAAGAAUCUGGUGAACCUUCAAGGAUGGUGUAAACACAGAAAUGAUCUCUUGUUGAUCUACGAUUAUGUCCCCAACGGAAGCUUAGACUCGCUGCUCUACAGUGAACCGAGACGAAGCGGUGCCGUUUUGUCCUGGAACGCGCGUUUUCAGAUCGCGAAAGGAAUCGCGUCUGGGCUACUGUAUCUCCACGAGGAAUGGGAACAGAUCGUGAUUCACAGAGACGUGAAACCAAGCAACGUUCUAAUUGACGAUGACAUGAACCCUAGAUUGGGAGAUUUUGGGCUUGCGAGGCUUUACGAACGAGGAUCGCAAUCGCACACCACUGUAGUCGUCGGAACGAUUGGGUACAUGGCGCCGGAGCUCACUCGUAACGGAAACUCCUCGUCGGCUUCCGACGUCUUCGCAUUUGGCGUUUUACUGUUAGAGAUCGUCUCCGGAAGAAAACCAACGGACGCCGGGAGCUUCUUCUUAGCCGAUUGGGUGAUGGAAUUGCACGCAAGCGGUGAGAUCCUCGGUGCGGUCGAUCCGAGACUCGGAUCUGGGUACGACGGUGGAGAGGCAGGCCUUGCUCUUGCCAUCGGUUUGCUAUGUUGCCACCCAAAACCAGGAUCUCGUCCCCCGAUGAAAAUGGUGCUUAGGUAUCUGAACAGGGACGAGGAUGUUCCUGAGAUUGGCGCCGAAAACUGGGGAUAUUCUGAUUCUUCAACAAGGGAUUUAGGAUCGAAAUUCGGAGGUUAUGUUUCGUCGGAUAGGGCUUCGAGCUCAUACACUUCUUCAUCCCUCACCAGGAUCUCUUCAAGUUCAUUUAUCAGUGGUAGAUAG